AUGGCGUCAACAUAUUCAAAAGCCACUAAGCAUCGGUGGACAACCAUUGAGGAUGAGACGUUAGUUGAGUGCUUACUACAACUAGUAGAGGAAGGUGGUUGGAGGGCUGAUAAUGGAACAUUCAAACCGGGAUAUUUGAAGCAGUACACUGCCAUAGCAGAGAUGAUGGGGCAAGCUUGUAGUGGGUUUGGCUGGAAUGAGGAACGAAAGUGCAUUGAGGCAGAGAAAUCCGUGUUCGAUGACUGGGUUAAGGGACACCCCAAUGCUCGAGACCUACUAAAUAAACCAUUUCCUUACUUCUAUGACUUGAAAAUUGUGUUUGGUAGAGAUAUGGCUACUGGUGAUAGAUGUAAGACACCCGUUGAAAUGGGCUCACAGACUGCAAGAGAUACUGAGGAAGAUGACAUGGACAUUAAUCUUGAAGACUUUGAUAUUCCAAAUCCACAUGGACUCGAGCCACCUUCGGGGGAGGACAUGCCAUCCACUCCAACAAGUAUGGCACAUGAUGCGGGAUCAUCUAGGCCAAGUAAAAAAAAGACGGUCAUAUUCAGGGGACCUCAUGGACACAUUUCACGCAAGUAUGCGAGAAACUUCCAAGGAAAUUAG